GGCUCUCGCGUAAGCCAUGGGCGCGCCCGAGGGGCGGGCUCGCCUCCCAUCGGCCCUCACCGCUCGGCUGGGCUCGGAGUCCACUCCGCCGUCGCCUUCCUGCUCGGGCCGGGAAACGCAGCCGCGGAGCCCGAUGGGAGGCGCCGCUGGCCUCAGGACGGUGGUCGGGGCGGGCGGGGACAUUCGCGCUGCCUUGCGGCCUGCAGGCCCUCCCCGUCGACAGAGCUGCGCCGCAGGCCUCGGGGCGGGCCUGGGGGGCCAGAGGGCUUCGGGGCGGUCCUGGAGGCCUGAGGCCACCGGGGAUCCCCGGGCGGGUGCUGGGUGCUUGCGGAGCGGGGGCGCCGACCUCCGACCCACGAGAGGGGCGCCUUGGCGGUGCUGGUCGUAGUUAUUCUCAGCGUCCCUAUUAUCUGAUUUGAAAUGAGAGCAGGCAGCUCUCGAGCUCCGAGCCGGAGGGGAGCAGGGGAACUGGGAGCAAUGUGUACAUUCCACGCCUAGGACCCUGCCGCUGGGCAAAUGGAGGCCCGUGUCCCUGCGGUCACUGCCUGGGAGGGCGCACGAGGUCCCCCAGGCGAGGUGACCCGCAGGAGGUUUUGUGACGUUGAGCGGCCCAGGCCUGGGGGUGGUGUGUGCUGGUGGUGGAGGGCAGCCUCCUAGAGGAGCUGUCAGCCUUCCAGGGAAAGCACCCGGCCGGUCGGGUAGACUCGCCGGGGCUGCGGGGGAAGCUCCACCUCCCCGAGCGCCUCCCGGGGAGACUCAGGACGCAGGGGUAGCCCUGCGCGGGUACCCCGAGCCGCAGCGGGGCAGGGCCCUCCCCAGGAGGUCGGCACCCGGGGCCCUUUGUCCUAUGACAGCUUCACCUGGAGCCACCAAGAACUGGAAGAGGCAGGAAGGAACCCCCCCCCCCCCAGAGCCUCCAGGGGGAGUCCAGCCCUGCCCACAACUUUGUCAGAUUCCUGGUUUCCAAUACUGGAAAAGAAUAAGCUUCUUUUACUUUCAGCCACCCAAAUUGUGGUUAUUUGCUUCAGCAUCCGUAGGAAUAAACUAAGAGGUAUGAAUUUUAUGUUGCCGCCAAAAGGCUUUUUCUAGGACAAGUAGAUAUUUAACCUAGAUAGUUGUAGCCUUUUCUCGUCUUCAUUGGGAUCGGAACUCAGUUGAUGUCCUCCAUCCUCCUAUCUCAAUGUUGAUUUUACUUUCUCUUUAAUCCUCUGUUCUGAAGCAGUGACCCUUUUAAUGUUGCUUAAGUAAAUGUCAAUGUUUUUCUGGUCAUUGUGAGACAAAAACUUUUUUACUUUGGGUCUGAGAAGCAGUAUUUUCCCUCCUCCUCCUCCUCUUUUUUGAGAUGGGGUCUCUCUCUGCUGC